CAGAGAAUGAAAUGACAGAAAAUGAAAUGACGCCUGUGUGUUUUUUGUCUUAGUUGAUGCAGGCUGCAGAGGGGAAGUUUAAUCCAAAGGUUCAUGUGAAGUACGACUGGAAUCUUCGACUGGAGGACAUGGAUGAGAGUGACGAUGAUCUUGACGACAAGCCAAGCCCAAUUAAGAAAGACCGGAGACCACAGAGUUUCUCUCACUCAUCCAGCCUGUCGCCUCAUGAUAAGCUCUCCCUCCCGGCUUUCUCUGGCCAGCGUGAUAAACCGCGCCUCUCCUAUGGCAUGUUCACCAAUCAGAUGUACAGCGUUUCCACGGACUGUCCCUCCUCUCCUGUUAGUGAUGCACCACCUCUACCACCCAGGAAUGCAGGAAAAGGAAGUGACUCCACACCACCUCCAAUCAAUAAAAUGUCUCCCAUAACAAACCGGUUUGAAGGCAUACUCCAACAACAGAGCACAGCGUCAAGUACCACUAAAGCUACACUGGGCCCUAGGGUCCUUCCCACACUACCUCAAAAAUUUCAAGCCAAGGAUCAUGGUGUUUUGCAGUUAUAUUUGGUAAAAAAAACCCUGAUGCUUCCUGCUUGUGCCCCAGAAACAAUUCACCACCCCCCAGUGGACAAACCCAGCCAGCCUCCAGAGCCAGUGCUGUUCCAGAAGUCUCCUCCAGGGUCAGACACACCACAGAAAGUCCCUUUAUCUGAUAAACCCCAGCCAGGGGACCUCCAUCCUAAACCCCAGGUCUCAGAAUUACCACCUAAACCUGGAGAACUACCCCCAAAACCACAGCUCUUUGACCUGCCUCCAAAACCUCAGCUGGGAGACCUCCCACCCAAACCUCAACUCAAAGACCUCCCACCCAAACCACUACUUUCUGAUCUCUCCAUCCUCAAACAUGGAGUCCCUGAACCUGCACACAAGCCCCCUCCUGGAGAGGUGGCUCACAAAUCUGAGCCCUGUGAUAUGCCAGUGACUAAUCAACAAGCUGAACCAUCACCCACUCAGUUCACCCACUCCACCAAAGACACCAACGGGAGCCUGAAAUCUGGCCCAGAAACUCCAAUACCACUUCCGAGGAAAAUCAGUACAGGUAAGAUUAAACUGCGGCGAGUAAAGACCAUCUAUGACUGUCAGGCAGAUGAUGAUGAGCUCACAUUUGUAGAGGGCGAGGUCAUUGUGGUAACAGGGGAGGAGGAUCAAGAGUGGUGGAUUGGACAUAUAGAAGGACAACCAGAGAGAAAAGGAGUUUUCCCCAUGUCCUUUGUUCAUAUCUUGUCUGACUGACACAUCAAUUACUGACCUGAGGCCCACAACCUUCCCACCUUGCUCAACUCCUCUAAAGAGAAACCUGUAAAUAGCUGUUGGAACCUCCCUGGGACUUUAAAACAAGAACCAUGAAAAGAUGCAAAAACUGAAACCUCUUAUUAACUUCUUCCCCAACAGAGGUGCAGUGUGAAUGAUGAGUAUCUAGUUUCACCAGUGCUUCCAUUCCUGUUCAGCACAGCUGAAACUGCACCCAGCAGUUAGCCACAU